GUAUGGGAAUUAUGGAAAGAUGGAAAGUAUUUGGAAUUAGUGGAUCCAUCAUUGGAGGAGUUAUUUGAUGGUGAUGAAGUGCAGAGGUGCAUUCAUGUUGGUCUCUUGUGCGUUGAACAUUAUGCAAAUGAUCGACCCACAAUGUCUAACAUUAUAUCAAUGCUGACAAACAAGAGUCCAAUAGCUUCCUUACCUCAAAGACCAGCAUUCUACUUUCAAAGAGAGAUCCGUAAUCAGAAUUUAUCUUCUACAUGUACUGUUUCCACAGUAGAAAUCACUACUUCGUUGGAAAUAGAAUAA